UAAAGGGCCAGACUGCCUGUGCAUGUGUGUGUGCGUUUCGAGUGUGUGCCAGUGUGUGUGUGUGUAUGCAAUGCUGAAAACGCAGACGGAAGAGUGGGGAAAGGAAAGGAGAGGAGAAGAAGAAAAGGAGAGCAAAAAAAUUGGAUCAGUUUUCGAUUUACGAUUUCCGACUGUCCCCAUACUUGACACUUUCCUCUUUGUCAUGAAUUUUCUGUAUAAAAAUUUCCUUGUGUGAGCACACACGAAAAUAACAAACGCAGCAGAAAACGAGCGGAGAGAAAAGAAGAGAAUAAACAGUAGAAGCAGAGGGAGAAAGAAAGGGGGGAUAGGAGAUAAACGCAAAAUUUGUGGUUUUUUGUUGCCGAUUUCCAAUCGGUUUUUCGAUUAAUUCCGAUCGUUGCGUAGACUAUUUGCACAAGUGUGCGUGUAAAGUUUUGCUGAUUUGUUUGUGUGUGUGUGUGUGUGUGAGCCAUUAGUUGUUUUUGUUUUGGAUAGCUAGCAACAAUAACAACUACUAAAAGAAUAAUAAACGAAAAAUUAACAACACUUUGCAAACACGUGUUUAAUACUCGAUUUACAGUCGAAAGCCACAGGACAAGCCAGCAAACAAAUUAAGAAAACUGAGCUAAACAAGAAAUCCAAAUGAAAAACGCUACUAGUAGAGAGAUUCCUUAAACUGGUGAACUAUAUAGAAAUUUAUUACGAAAUACUAGGAACAGGUUAGAAAGCGGACCUGACAUAUGAAAACAACAAAGAACAACAACAACCGGGCGACUCAAAAAUAAGUCGCCUUUUCAAUCUACCUCUCCAAACAUAUGCAAAAUCAGCAUUCUAUAAAAAAAAAUAAUCAAAUGAGUGUACAACAAAACAUUGAAAAAGAAGCUCCAAAUCCAGAAAAAUAAACAAUAUAAGAAAACAACAACAACAUCGAGCGGCUGGAAAGGGAAAAACCGCCAUCUAGCGUCGGCGAGUAAAAACCAUUGCCCGCCACAAGAUGGCGUGCCUUAAUACUCUGAAGCAGGAAAUCAAAACUCUGGAGAAAAUCUUCCCGAAGAAUCACGAGCGAUUUCAGAUUCUUAAUUCCAGCGUCGAUGAGCUGCUCUGCAGGUUUAUCGAUAAGAAUGGAAAGCGCUACGACAUCCAUGCCAACAUAACGGAAACGUAUCCCUCAUCGCCACCAGUUUGGUUCGCCGAGAGCGAGGAGACGAGCGUCACAAAUGCUGUUCAAAUACUUAGCAAUACAAAUGGACGUGAUAAUCACGUGAUUAAUCAGGUGGGCAUACUGCUGCGUGAGCUGUGCCGACUACACAACGUUCCACUGCCACCCGACAUCGAUAAUUUGGCCCUGCCGCUGCAAACGCCGCCGCCAUGCGCUUCUCCACUUCGCUGCGAGCAGAGGCCAGGGGGCGGGGGAGCGGGGGGCGGCGGCGGACCGCACGGCAACGAGGAGACCGAUUCGGAUCAGGAGGAGAUCGAGGAUCCCAUCGGCGAGAGCGAACAGGAGAGCGAGGGUGACGAGGACUUGCCGUUGGAAAUGGAUGAUGUACGAAGUACAAACAAGAAGGACGACAUGGAAGUGGAACACUUAGCAACUUUAGAAAGACUGCGUCAAAGUCAAAGACAAGACUAUCUAAAAGGUUCCGUUUCGGGUUCCGUGCAGGCAACCGAUCGCUUAAUGAAGGAACUACGUGAUAUUUAUCGAUCGGACGCUUUCAAGAAGAACAUGUAUUCAAUUGAGCUCGUCAACGAGUCGAUUUACGAAUGGAACAUACGCCUCAAGUCUGUUGACCCAGACAGUCCGCUGCACAGUGAUCUGUUAAUGCUCAAGGAGAAGGAGGGCAAGGACAGCAUACUACUCAAUAUACUUUUCAAGGAGACGUAUCCCUUCGAGCCGCCCUUUGUGCGCGUCGUCCAUCCGAUUAUCUCAGGCGGCUAUGUGCUCAUCGGCGGCGCCAUCUGCAUGGAAUUGCUGACCAAACAGGGUUGGAGCUCGGCCUACACCGUGGAGGCGGUAAUCAUGCAAAUUGCUGCCACUCUCGUCAAGGGAAAGGCGCGCAUCCAGUUCGGGGCCACCAAGGCACUGACCCAGGGCCAAUACAGUUUGGCACGAGCUCAGCAGAGCUUCAAGUCGCUGGUGCAGAUCCACGAAAAGAAUGGCUGGUUCACACCGCCCAAGGAGGAUGGCUAAGGCAGAAGAGUCUCCAGACGCACAUCCUUUCUAGUAUAACGCAUGCCACAACCAACACAGACCCAUCUGAACCCCCACUCAGCGUCAACAUUACCUUAUCCACAUCCGCAAAGCACACAUCCCGCUCUCACUGCCGGUUUACUCUGAUAUUGAUAUUAGAUAAUCUGGCCUGGUCAGCAACCACUAAAUCAUUAUAUGGACGACGCCCCCGAAUUCAAGGAGAAGGCGGCCCACAUUUUUUGUACGCGGUUUGCAUCGUUGAUGAAAGUUGGAUGGAAGCGACAUCCACAUGCGCAUAUGUUUAAUUGCACUUGUAAACCCAAAACCGACUUGUUAAGCACACACUCUUAUAAUCACGGUUAAAUGUUUCGUUGCAUGAAUUUCAUAUGUAUAUGCCCCACUCCUCUUGUUUUAUUGUAGUGAGUAGUCUUUUAUCCAAAUCCAAAUCGCCCGGCCUGAAAUCGUGUAUCUUGUACAGUGUCUUGGAAACUGGAGCUGAUUAGAGGGUGGCGCAGAAGUUGCAAAAGAAUCGGCAGCCGACGUGUGUAAAAUGUAAAGGCAAUAUCUGUUAUGUAUAUGAAUAUAAUUUGUAAUUUAAAAAUGUAAAUGUAGUGGCUUCAAAACCUUCCAAACUCACACCACCCAAAACCUGCUACCCGGCACACACACUCCCGCACACCACACAUACACAUACACGCCUAAAAUGUAAACUAGUUAAGACGCCUAACUGUAUUCUUAUUUUAAUUUAACAAAUCCGUGGUAUCUUAUAUUUUUUCUCUUUACUGGUAAGCAAACAACAAAAGAAUAAGAAUCGGCACGGUGGCAAGAGAGUUGACGCGUUGUCGAGCGGAAUAGAUAUAUAUAUAUACCUAUACAUACAUAUAAAUACACAUAAAUAUAAAGAUAUAUAUUAAAAUUAGCGCGAAAGUUUAGCUUAAGCAGAUUAAUACAGAUCGAUGCGUCGAAGAUGAGCAAAUUCUAAGUGUAAAUUCGUCUUUCCAAAUAAUCGUAAAAUAACGUAAACGUAAAUCUAAAUCUACACAACAAAAAAAAAAAACAAAAGAGCUAAAAUAUAAAGCUAAAUCGAGAAGUUGGAGAACGAAAACCGAAAAAUAUUUUCAAAUGUAAUAUGCAUUAAAGUAAAAGCAAAAAACAAAAACGAGAAGAGUUAAUCCAAGGGCAACUGUUUUGCUGUCCCCAUUAUCAUUGUUUUUUUUUUAUUCGUACAACGGCAGACAAAAUUUCAAUGUACAUUUCAAAAGAGAAAUUGGCAAGCACGACGAAAUGUUCAUUUUAAGUAUGUAUUUAAUAAAGAAGGAUAUAUACAUCAUAA